GGACGACGUGCCGCUCAGCCUGGUCGGAGAGCUCGCCAGCUAGCUACCCGCUAACGUUAACGUUUCACCGGGCUACGGCUAUUGCUCGGAAGUACCUAGCUAGCGUGCUAGCGUCGGCCGGUGCAUGUAGCUAGCAGGGUUAGCAACAUUCCCGUGAAACGGUUAGACCUUUUCUACUGGACAUUCAAGAAAACAACAACAACGACACCCGCGUGUCCGCCCGAAAUUUGCCCUCCAAUGCAUAUUCACGUGACGGUGCACGUUGCUGCAGAAUCGACGCAAAGGGAAGAAGAAAGAGAAAGAAAAAAAAAUCCCCUCCUGUCGCUGAAGACGUGAACCCAUUGAGCUAACGUUAGCCCGAAGCUAACUUCUCUGCGCUUGUGAACUAACAACUUUCAAUGGAAUGCGUCGCAUGUUCCCGCUUAGCUCUCCCCCAAAUGUUUGCAGCCUUUUUAUGAGAUCAAAGGGACAAGCAUCUAAAGUGCAAAAUGGUUCACUGCAUCAGAAGGAGACUGUCCAUGACAAUGACUUUGAGCCCUACCUCACUGGUCAAUCAACGCAGAACAACAGCUACCAGUCCAUCACCGACCCUUACCUAUCCAGCUACUACGCCCCCUCCAUUGGAUUUCCAUACCCCCUCAGUGAGGCUCCCUGGUCCACAGGUGGGGACCCUCCGAUUCCAUACCUCACCCCCUACGGACCCUUGAGUAAUGGAGACCAUCAUUUCAUGCCGGACACUGUGUUCGGCCAGCCCGGGGGCCUGGGAAGCAGCAUCUACCCCCACAGGUUUAACUUUUUCCCUGAAAAUCCUGCCUUCUCUGCUUGGGGCACGAGUGGCUCCCAGGGCCAGCAGACUCAAAGUUCAGCCUAUGGUGGCAGCUACAGCUACCCUCCCAGCUCCCUGGGGGGCACCUUGGUGCCUGAUGGUCAGACGGGCUUUCACAGUGACACCCUCAACAAAGCCCCUGGUAUGAACAGCCUGGAGCAGGGUAUGGUUGGCUUGAAGAUCGGGGGGGAUGUCACAGGCCAGGGGUCAGGUGUCAAGGCAGUGGGAUCUGUGAUCGGCGGUCCGGCAGUGGCAGCCACAGGAAAUGGAGCCACACCUAUCGGCAUGCCCCCACCUAAACCCACCUCCUGGGCAGCCAUUGCCAGCAAGCCCGCCAAGAUGCAGCAACUGAAAUCUAAGGUAAAGCCAGGGAUGCCCAAUCCAGGGGGAGCUCUGCCCCCGCCACCCAUCAAACACAACAUGAAUAUUGGGACCUGGGACAAGGGCCCGGUGACUAAAGUAGCCACCGCUCCAAUGCAGCAGCAGCAGCCUCUUGGCCUGCCUCAUGGCAUGCCACCUCAAGCCCCCAUGCAGCAAGGACCCAUGCAGCCCCCUCCCCAGUCUAUGGUGCAGGCCCAGAUGCAGCCUAUGGCCUUACAGCCCCCUCAUCACCAGCACCAGCAUCAUCAACAUCAACAUCAACAUCAUCAACACCAACACCAACACCAACACCAACAACAUCAACACCAACACCAACAUCAACAUCAACACCAACCCCAACACCAACACCAACAUCAACCACCACCUCAGCCCUACCAGAACCACACCCAACCCCCACUACCCCAGACCCGCUGGAUUGCCCCACGCAACCGCAACCAGGGCUACGGGCAAGGUGGCCCCGGCCAUGACGGUAGUGGAGUGAUGGGUGUGGUUGGUGUUGGGAACAGCGGCCCCCCAACCUCUGCCGCCCAGGGGCCUGGUGGAGAGUCCCAUCCAGUGCUGGACAAGCUGCGUGCCUCCCACAGCUACAAUCCCAAGGAGUUUGAGUGGAACCUGAAGAAUGGUCGUGUUUUCAUCAUCAAGAGCUACUCCGAGGAUGAUAUCCAUCGCUCCAUCAAGUACUCAAUCUGGUGCAGCACGGAGCACGGCAACAAGCGGCUGGACUCAGCCUUCCGGGCCAUGAAUGGCAAAGGACCUGUGUACCUGCUGUUCAGUGUCAACGGCAGCGGUCAUUUCUGCGGCGUGGCAGAGAUGCGCUCGCCGGUGGACUAUGGCACCAGUGCCGGUGUUUGGGCACAGGACAAGUGGAAGGGCAAAUUUGACGUGACCUGGUUGUUUGUUAAGGAUGUGCCUAACAGCCAGCUGCGCCACAUUCGCCUGGAGAACAACGACAACAAGCCAGUGACCAACUCCCGUGACACCCAGGAGGUUCCUCUGGAGAAGGCCAAGCAGGUGCUCAAGAUCAUCGCCGGCUACAAACACACCACCUCCAUCUUUGAUGACUUCUCCCAUUAUGAGAAGAGGCAGGAAGAAGAAGAGGAGGUGCGCAAGACUUUUGAACCUCCUCAGAUACAGACCCGCUCUCGGUUGGAUCAGGAGCGCCAAAACAGGAAUAAACAAUAGAGGACAUUUAUCCUUGGCUUGAUCAACAGUUACACUAGGACUUUUGAUUUAAGAGACAGAAGAAUAUGAAAAUGCAACCAAGCCCUUCAUAUUUUUUUCUAUUUAAUCCCGGUGAAAUCUCUGCCAUUGUUGAGACUUGUGCUUUUUUGCCCCAUAUACCACCCACUUCUUGUGCAGGGAUAACAAGCUGAUUUAAUGUAUUACCAAGCCACCACCACACUCUUUAGUUCAGUUUUUUUUUUCUCGUACUCUUCUCUCACCAGACUGGUUUUCUCUCUCCCACCCCCUCCUUUUUUCCAAUUGAAUCAGGGUUUGACUGCACCACGGAGGAAAAAAAAAUCUGCCACUUUAUAUUUCAGUACAAUCAGGAACGGAUGUGUCCUGCCCCUGUUUGUCCAUUUGGGGGCAACAUUGCCAUGCUUCAGAGUUUUAACUGUGCCAACAGGGUUGGAGGAUCCCAAAGGCAAUGUCGGACUUGGAACUGUGCGACGAUAAAACUACAAUGAUUUAUCUAUUUUUCAUUCAGAUUGACAAAAUCUCUAUUUUUUGGCUUACUACUGACAAUUUUCAUUUCAGAAAGCUGUUUUCUGGAGCCUUAAUGUUUUUUUUUCUUCUAAUUAUUGGUGACUUCUCAAAAGAACUGCUCAAAACAGUGACACUGCUGGAGAAAUCAGGGAUAGUGUGAAGUCACAUGGGACUCGAGACUUUUCAGAGGAGCAAUUGCAAAGGCCUCUGGGAAAGAAAUAAAUGGAUGUGUCCUCCACAACCAGAACUCUCACCAUUUGAAUCAAAAAUUGUACUAUUGACAUCCAUCAAACCCCUCUGCUCUGCUUUUUCUUUUUGUUAUUUUGUCUUGACGGGGUCUUUUGUAUGUUUCAUCAGGAGAUUCUGCUUGUGUACGCAACCCAGUCUGAGAGAACUGUCACAUUCACCAUUUUAAAUUGUUCUAUAAUCUGUUCAGAAUGAAUUGUCGCUUUUGCUCUUUAUUUUUCUUUUUUCCACAAAAUGGAGGGAGAAUUCACGUAUAUGUCCAUUCACCAUCAUUCUGUCUUAAUCCUCUUGUUUUUGUCUUUUUCCUCAAAUUUCUUUUUUUUUGCUAAGUCUAUCAUGUUGGUCGUAAUGCUAAGCUUUAACGUAGGAGCCUAUAUAUUCAUGGAGAAAGCCUAAAAAUGUAUAACCUAAAAAUUAAUGUAACUGAUUUACUAUCAAGUAAGAAAAAAAAACAAGAAUGAAAUGUGGUUUCUGUGUGUUUUUUGGUUGUUGCAAAAAGAAAAAAGAAAAUAGUUUGAUGUAGACUGAAUCCAUUGAUUAUGGUACAGUAAAGUACUUUCAGGUAUGUUCAUGGAGAAAAAAAGAGAUACAAGUUAAAAGAACAAAGUCACUAAUAGAUGUGUGUGCCAUGCAUGGCAAGCUGCAAUAUAGUAAGUCUGCUGGAAAUGUUGAAACUAUGAGGUGAGAGUGGUGAUGUCGUUUAGUCCCUGACAGGUCCGUGCCCCCACCCCCCAUUCUCCUUUCAGUCAUUUCAGGGCCUUCAAAGCCAGAGGACAGUGAUUUUGUUAUCAAGCGUUUGAGAUCGGCAGAUUCUCCCUUGAUUAGUUUGAGAUAGUUAUUUCAGUAUUUUUGUGGAUUGUGACCAUGUCGCAGAGAAGAGUAGGACGUGGUUGCCUCUGUCUUGUCGGGGGAUCUUUUCUUGUUCUGCCAUUCUUGUGUUAGUUUUAUUUGUGUUCAAUGUUUAAAUCUGAUGUAGAUUCAGUAACCAAAAUCAGAUAUUGAGAUCCCAUCACGCAAUUUUGUUUGAAAUAUUUCAAUUAAAACAGACCAAUAUUGACAGUUGCACCUGUUUAUGUAACUUGGCCUAGACUCACAGGAGAUUGUUUGGUCUUUUUCAGAUUAUGUCAGACUGUGUGUGUGUGUGUGUGUGUGUGUGUGUGUGUGUGUGUGUGCGUGUGCGUGUGCGUGCGUGUUGUAUGAUCUAUUUUGGUUAUGUCAGGACUUACGUCAUUAUAAUUUUGAGAUGGGAAGGUACUGCACCCUGCCGAGGUCGCUCCAGUGUGAGGAUGAUCCAUGUGCUUCACAGCUGUAUUUCAAGACGUGUGUAGCUGCGUUGUAUUUUUUUACUUGGCCGGAGGGCCACCCCCCCCCCCACACACUGUAAUGUAGAGAACGAAACCUCUGACAGGAUCAUUUCCUCUCCAUCUUUUCCUUUUUACCUGCUCUAAUCAAUAGCUAGGUCGAUCCAAGCAAUAUGGUGAACGCCCUUCACGGCUUUUGCCUUCACCGACACCCGCCCUCUCCAUCCAGCGUAGAGUCAGGGGCAGGCGGAUAAAAAGCGGAAAGGAUGCCACUGAUGUCGCAGCCUCAGGAAGCACGAGCUGGUUGUGAUGAUUGUCCAGGGCUGUAUGUGCACGUGAAUGAGAAUGAGAAGAGGUUUGCCGCAAUAGACGGGAUGUCAGGCUAGCCAUCAAAAUAUGUCUCAACACUAUACAAAAGGAUUAAUGACAUGGAAAUAUUAAGUAAACGUUGAUUACCUUAUAGACCACAGUUGUAGUGGCGUAAUAACUUGUUCAAAAGAGCUAUCUUGGUUUUUCUUUAUAGAAGAAAUCGAGCCUUAAUAAACUGUCCAUUAAGAAAG